GAGCAUAGAAAGAAAGAAACCCAAGAACGUACCAAUGCUAAAACACCAACAAGAGACAAACCCACCUCACCUUUUUCUCUCCUUUCUCGAACCUCUAAGCUUUAGGUCUUCUGGCAUUUUGACAAGACACCAAGUUGAACUUUAAACCAGUACUCCGUAUCAAGUUGGUUUUAGUUGGUACUUGCCAAGCAGAGGUGCAGCCGCCACCUGAGCUCUGUGUUUAGAUCUUUCUGGUGUUUCGGGUCCCUGGAUUUGAAAGGGAGAUCACAAGGACAGCAGAACUUUCACCGAAUAGUAAAAGAAGAUGCAGACACCAAAAGCAAAAAGUGGGUCUUUGGAAGUGCCUCAAAGGAAAUCUCAAGCGACACCUAGAACUGCUAAGACAUCUGGAUCAAAUCCUGAUUCAGUAUCCUCUCCAAAUAUGGCAACUCGGACCCCAAAAGGAAGUCCAAAAGUCGCUGAACGCAGGUCGCCACGAAGUCCAGUAGCUGAGAGGAAGCUGCCAAGAAGAGUGUCAGAAUUGGAAUCACAACUUUCUCAGUUGCAAGAGGAUCUGAAGAGGGCAAAAGACCAGUUAAAUUCCUCUGAGUCAGCGAAGAGGCGAUCCCAGAAGGAGGCUGAAGAAGCCAAGAACCAACUAUUAGCAAGGUCUGCAAAGCUUGAAGAGUCUGAACAGCAACUGCGGGAAAUUUCUGCUUCUGAAGAUGCUCGCAUUCAAGAGCUCCGUCAACUUUCUCAGGAUCGAGAUAGAGCAUGGGAAUCUGAACUUCAGGCUGUUCAGCAGCAACGUUCGAUGGAUUCUACUGCCUUGGCUUCUGCUAUUAAUGAAAUUCAGAAGCUAAAGGAUCAGCUGGAAAUGGUGGCGGACUCUAAAGCCACCCAGAGCAGGCAUGCAGAUUCAGCAGAUGCCGAGAUCCAGACCUUGAGAAUGGAACUUUCUGAAACUCUUUCCCUGAUUGAGAAAUUGAAAACAGAGCUAAGUGAUUGCAAAGAAUCUGAAGCGAGGGCUGUAGAUCUUAUAGACAGUACUCGCAUGCAAUUGGAGAGGGCGAAUGCAACCAUAGAAUCACUCCAAUCUGAUAAGACCAAAGGCUUGGAGUACUACAACUCUUUAUCAAUGGAGUUGGAGCAGUCUAAAGAUCGCAUUAAGUCACUGGAGAGUCUUGUGAGCAAACUUCAGGCAGAAGUUGCUAUUAGUAACAGUAAUCAGUUGGUGAACUCUUCAGGCAAUUCAAAGCUUGCUCGCAAAGAUGAAAAUGAAGAAACAGUACAGUUAAAAGAGCUGAAUUGUUUGAAAUCUGAAGUGAGUCAAUUGAGGUCUGCAUUAGAUGCGGCUGAGAUGCGAUACCAAGAAGAAUAUAUUCAGAGCACACUGCAGAUUAGAAGUGCAUAUGAUGAAGUUGAAUCUACAAAAUCUGAAUCAUGUCGGAGGGAAGCUGAAUGGGCAUCAGAACUGAAGCAUGUAAGGGAUCAAGUUGAAGACUUGAGGACUCAGCUGAUGGAUAAAGAAAAUGAAAUGCAGAAUCUGUCGGAGGAAAAUGACAGGUUGAGCUUGCAGAUUGAGAACAAUCUAUCAAAUCAAGGCGGGGAAUCUGAACUUGCAAUGGAGCUGAAGAAGUCGGAAACUGCACUGGUAGAGUUGAAGGCCAGUUUGAUGGAUAAGGAGACAGAAUUGCAGAACAUCGCUGAGGAAAAUGAAAUGCUGAAGAUUGAACUUAAAAAUAAGGAAAUAGAGAGCAACAAAGUUAAUAAUGACGCUGUUGUUUCGGCUGAAGCAACAAGGGAGGCAGAGCGAGAGGCUUUAAUAAAGGUUGGCCAUUUAACUGAAGAAGCUGAUAAAAGUACUCAGAGAGUAGCACGAGUGACUGAGCAGCUGGAUGCAGCACAGGCAGCGAAUUCUGAAUUGGAGGCUGAGUUAAGGAGGUUGAAGGUGCAGGCAGAUCAGUGGAGGAAGGCCGCUGAGGCGGCUGCGGCUAUCCUAUCAACAGGCAACAACGGGAAGUUUGUGGAGAGAACAGGUUCUCUUGACAGCCACUACAAUCCCUUGAGUUCACCUUAUUCAGAAGACUUGGACGAUGACUCACCAAAGAAGAAAAAUGUGACCAUGUUAAAGAAGAUUGGUGUGUUAUGGAAGAAGCAGGGACAAAAGUAGAUGGAAUCAUGCAACAAGUUUCAUUAUCGCGCCGGUUAGUGUUAAGCUGGGUUCUGUACGUCCUGUUAUUCUGUGAUUUUCCUUUAUUGUAUUCUCGACGGAUCAAAAACAAUUCUUGAACGAGGUAUUCAACUCCAGGGUAUUUUCGAAGGUGUAAGCACCUGAGUUUCAGAUGAAGUUCAAGAUAGUUCUUUGCAGAUUGUAUAGGUAUGUGGAAACUGGUGAACUGUGAAUGUACCCUAUUACCUUAUGUGUGCUGUGGCUAUGGAUAAACUCGAUUAGUGUUGUAUCUUAUUUCUGUCUUAAACUUUAUGUUAGUAAAGCAUAAGUCUGAAACAGGGCAAAAAUGACAAAAAGCAAUAUUUUAUUUUGAC